GUGUGUCUUUUUCUACAGCAGAGCACAGACCGGCUCCACAUGACACAAAGAAACAGCUCCGUCCAGGCUCUGACAGGAGGAACAUCUGCCUUUGUCUCUGUUUGUAUAGAUAUAUACAUUUAUAUUUGGAUGUAGGUUUUAUUUUGUGGGAGCAGACAGAAGGACCUGUGUGAGUAAUCUCUUGAUGACAGCCUGGUGGGGGCUGUGCGUGUCCACACAUGACAGCGCGGGGCGGGCUUAUGUGGAAGUUCCGGUAUAAAGACAGCUACAAAAUGGGAAUUAAACGAGCACCACGGGAGCCGGCUAUUGACGCCGUGCGAAUGUUUUAUCCCACAAAAUGAAGACGUUACCGAGUGUUUUUGUCAGGGCGCUGGUGUAGAUCGCGAGGUGGCUGCAGACGAGGGGGACCGGCCCCUGCGCGCACUGUGCCUCGAUGGGGACGCUUUUUACCCUGUGUUGUGCUGUGCUGCUCACCCACGGAGCGACGCGGGCGUGGGCCACCAACAUCUGGACUGUGGGCAGCAGCUCCGUGCAUGGCACCGACAACAGCAGCCGGUGGCGAGUGGAGACGCCUUGGAGUCAAACAAACCUGAAUGUGGGCAGACACAAUCUAAAGGCUGACGACUCCUUCAUCACAAUUGGAGAUGGCUCCUUGCUGGAGUUUGAAUUUCCUGAAAACUCCAAAGGUGUAAUUGUGGUCUCUACCUGGUAUUCGAAUAGCAGCACCAAAGGCCAGAAGCAGACCUUAAGAGUGCAGUCAUUGGACCCUGAAGUACUGUCCAUUCUGAAUGUGUCCUUCAGCAGAGUGUCUGUGGAUGCUCAGAGCUACAUCAUUAGUAUCCGCUCUGGUUUCCCUGGCCGCGUUCAGCUGCAUAUCCAACUGUUGAGGCAGGAGCGGGACUCUGCACCUGUCCUGAUAGCCGAGAGGACUGACUACUUCAUUAUUGUAGUGCCAUGGAGUGACGACCCUGCCUCUCGUCUAAUUCGCUCUGGGGGUCUUUCCCAUUUUUCUGAACAUCCUGUCCUGUUUGCCUUGCUGCCUGUCAUCUUUGUAAACAAGUGUGCCUUUGGCUGUAAGGUGGAAGGGGAGGUUCUGCGGAAGUUGCUGCGGAGGCCCGUCCCACUGCUCCUCGGGGCUGUGGGGCAGUUCCUGGUUAUGCCGUUGUAUGGCUACUGUGUGUCUCAGCUUGCCCACCUGCCCAAAGCUCUGGCUCUGGGGCUGGUCAUUACCUGCUCAGCUCCUGGUGGUGGAGGAGGUUACCUGUACAGCCUUCUGCUGGGCGGUGAUGUCACUCUGGCCAUCUCCAUGACGCUUGUGUCCACAGUGGUUGCGGUGGGAGCCAUGCCUCUGUCUUCUGCCCUGUAUGGGCAGCUGUUGGGGGUCCACGCUGCUCUACAUGUGCCCUUUAUUAAGAUCCUGGGCACCCUUCUGUUCAUUGCUAUUCCCAUCUCUUUGGGCGUUCUGGUCAAACUGCGUCUGCCUGGCCUCACCCGUCUCCUGCUGAUGCUCAUCCGACCCCUGAGUGUGCUGCUGAUGGUGGGAGGGAUCUUUAUGGCUUAUCAGAUGGGAGCCUCCAUCUUGGCCAAUGUGUGGCCCCACAUAGUGGUGGUGGGAGUUACAGUGCCAGUGCUGGGACUGGGAGUGGGGGCUCUGUUGGCCCAGUUGGCUGGGCUUGACCCUCCUCAGAGGAAGACCGUGAGUAUUGAGGUGGGCGUUCAGAACAGUCUGUUAGCCCUGGCCGUCAUGCAGCUGUCAUUCCGACGCACAGAGGCAGACUUUGCGUCCCAGGCUCCGUUCAUCGUGGCUCUGAGCAGUACCUCUGAAAUGCUGUUCCUAGUGCUAGUUCAUCUGGCCCGGAACCACCUGUGCCCCCCAGCCAAUCAGUGCGACGCCUGAGUGCAGCUGCUCCUGACCUGUGCCGUCUUUACUGUUGAAUGCGGAGCUUUUUACUUUGCUCCUGUGGUGUUUGACAAUUUUCAUGAAACCAAAGGCCUUUAAAUUUCCAAGACCUUUUGUGAUGGUUUUACAUGUGAUUUUAAAAAGGACCUUGAGUAAACGUUCAGCUACUUCUAAGAGAUAUUUUUCUACCAAAUUACUUUUGUACCAGUGUUUUGUACCAAGUUUACGGCAAUCAAUGUGUCUUAUGGGCGGAUUGUAAGUGGACAGUGGUGUAAUUACUGUGUUGUGCAUCCUUGUACUUGAACAUGAGUCUUGAGGAUUACAUAAAUCAUAAAAGCUUGUGACAUCAG